AUGGAAUCAUAUAAUUUAAUUUAUUAAAUAGACAAAACUAAAAAAAUGGUAAUAUUUUAUAGAUAUUUUCCAAUUAGUGCUUUUUUAUAACCAACUUAAAAAUUUGUAUCAAAAUAUAAUAUGAAAAUACAUAGGAUAAGAAAACUCCUGAAUUAAUAAAUUUAUAAAUAGAAAAGGAUUGUUCAUAAAAUUAGAAAACGAUUUUGUCAAUUAUAGAUUUUCAGUCAUUAUAAUAAAUGCCAUUUUCUCUUUAUAACAAUUACACUAAUGGUGUAAUAAAUUUAAGUAUCUGGAAUGAGGGGGAAGAAGAAAACCUAUGCUACUAUCAAUUAAGAAUGUAUAAUUUUAAAGGCAAGAUUUAAUUAAAAUCAAUGUAUACUUUUACUCAUGUAGUUUUUCAAGUUGAAGAUUCUAUAUAUUUCCAUGACUGUUAAUUAAAAAAAAUAUAAUUAAUUUUAAAUACUAAUUAAUAUGAAGUAUUUCAAAAUUAAGAAUAUUAUUUUUUGAUUGAUAAAAAUAAAAAAUAGAUUAGAAUGAUUUAUAUUUUCCCAGGGAUUACACAUCAGAUUGUUACACACUCAAAUAUUGAAAUAAUAAGUGCGUAACAAAUAGGGGAAUAAAUAAUUAUUUAUAUUAAAAAUUAACAAUCCCCAAUUCUAAUCUCCAAAAAAAAAUUUUUAGAAAAAAUUUAGAAUAAUUACCUUUCAUAAAAAUUAAAAUAACCAGGAGAAAUUCUUUAUUAUCAAGAAAUAUCAAAAUAUAAAUUUAUUCAAUAUUAAAAUAUUUUCGCCUUUGAAUAAAAUGAAGAGGUAAGAUGUUUUCAAUUUUCAGAUGUCUAAAUAGUUUAUAUUAAAAUAUAUGUAAAAGCUCAUUUUAUGAUUUUUGCAGUACAAAUUUAAACUAACUCAAUACUUCUUUAUCAUUUUGAUCAAUUUGAAAUACAUUAAUUUGAUAAUUAUACUUUAGAAGAUUAUUCAUUCUCAAGUCCUUUAAGGUACUCUAAUAACAAUUUUAAUUUAGCUAUUUUAACUGUGAAAAAUUAAUUUUCCUUCAUAACUUUAUUAAGUUUUAAUCCUUUCAAAAUCAGCUUGAUGGAUGUUAAAGACACUGAUGAUACAUAUUUUGAAUUUAUAAAUAAUGCAUUAUUUUAUUUCAGAAAUGGCUAAAUUCGGCAACAUUACCUGAAUAAAAUAGUUGCUCUAAUCGAAACUAAUAUGAGCUACUAAUAAACAUUGAUUUCAUCACAUGAGUUAAAAUUAAUGUCAACUUAGAGAUUAGAUGAUGAUAUACCUGUCAAAAUCUUAAUUUAGAAUAAUUGUUAUCAAAUAUAACCAUUAUAAAAUACUAUUUCAUUAAAUAUUAAGAAAAGUUAAAAUUUAUAAAUAAAGAUUUCAGAAUACUUUUAAGGUCCCAUUAAUAAUUUAUUUAUUAAAAAGAAUCAAAAAACUAAAAUUAGAGAUCCAAUUCAAUUUAUAUAAGAAAUCAACAUUUGUAAUAAUGAAAAUUUCUUUUGUAUCAAAUAACAAUAGUUACAAAAGAAAAUAGAAACAUAGGAAUUAAAAUCUAGAUUUAAAGCAAUCAUUUUAGAAGAUAACACAGUAUUUUAAAUCCUAUAUCCAAAUACUUAAGAUUAACUCAAUUAUGUAUUGUGGAUAUAAGAUCAUUAAUUUCUAUGGUUUUCUCAAAUGGAGGAUGAAUUACAUAUACAAUUAUUGUAUUGUGUUUUCAAAGACAAUGAAAAUUGUUUGGAAAUCUAGUCAUAAAUUAUAAACAUUAACAUUAUUUAGCCUUUGUAGUAGAACAUUAUCAAAACAAAAAAUUUAGUUAGAUUAUAGAAUACAUUAAAUUAGAUUUAUUUAUUUAUUAAUGAUUAGAAUUUUAGUGCAAUUGACCUACCAGGUGAUUAUGUUGAUAUUUAAUAUAUCUUACAAACGUAAGAUAAUUAUGUUACUUUUUCAUAUUCAGAGAAUGGAAUAAGUUUUUAAUUCGAAAUAUCAAUUUACUUAAUUGAUUCCAAUGGAUUUUUUUUAAUGUUUUCAAAGAUAAUUACCAAAGAGAUUGAGUAAAUAAUACCUUUAUUUAACAGAUGUUAAUAAAUAAAAUUAGUUUCAUCUCGAUACAAUUCCAAUGUUACAACUGUAAACCUUUUAUUAUUCAUUAAUCAAAAUUCUUUUAUGAUUAAAAUUUAAAUUGAUGUACAUAAUAAUUCAAUUUUAUCUUUUCAUUUGACAAAACAGAUUAGAAAUCCUAAAGUAGAAUAUUAAUCAACUUUUUAUUAUGUGGAUGAGAAUUAUUUAAUUAUGAAUUACCUUAAGAAAACUAUGUUUUUUUAUGAUUUGCAAGAAGAUAGAUUAUUUUAUGAUUAUAUUUAUCGAUUAAAAUCUGAUAUUUAAAUGAUAAGGAUAAAUACUACCCAUUUCAUUUCUUAAAAUGGAUUACAUGUUCAUUUAGGAAUAAUAUCAUAAUAUGUUAUUGAUUUUUAAAAUCUUGAUGAUAGCAAUUUUAAUUUUGUUUUAUUUGCUGAAAAUGAUGUAUCAAAUGCUGAAAUUCCAAUAUAUAUAAUUCAAGAACAACCUUUUUAUUAUCAUAAUCCAAACAUAAUACUAAUUUAAUUAACAAAUUUUUUUGUUAUUAUUGUAUAUUUAAAGAGAUAGUAUUGUAAGAAUUUACAAAGAAAAAACUAAUAGAAACAUAUGGGAUAAUGA